AUGACAAUGGCUGAAGGGGAUGUGUUGCUCACAAAGGACCCUGAAGGUUCUGAGACAUGUACAGCUGAGGUCCCUACAGUGAAAGAUAUAGAGCAGCUUUUGAAUACUGGAUUAUCUUCUUGUAACCACACUGAUGAAGUAUGGCCUAACCUCUUCUUAGGAGACCUAGUUACAGCUCACAACAGAUUUGGUUUAUGGAAGAUGGGCAUUACUCAUGUUUUAAAUGCUGCCCAUGGCACAAUGUUUUGUCAAGGAGGCCAAGACUUUUAUGGCACUACCAUUGAUUACUAUGGCAUACCAGCCUAUGACCUUCCAGACUUCGACAUAAGCCAAUACUUUUUCUCUGCAGCAGAGUUUAUUCAUAAAGCCUUGAACACACCAGGAGCUAAAAUUUUGGUGCACUGUGCGGUUGGAAUAAGCAGGUCAGCUUCUUUGGUGUUGGCAUAUCUCAUGAUAAAUCAUCACCUCCCGUUGAUCAAAGCCAUCAAAGCAGUGAAGGAACAUCGAUGGAUUUCACCCAAUAGAGGGUUUCUAAAACAGCUGCGAAAUUUGGACAUUCAGCUACGGCAAACAAGAGGCUGUUGA